GGACAGGGCACAGAGAGCCCCGGGUCGCCCCGCUGCCUCCCGCCUCCCCUGAGGCCGCGCCGAGGGGCGGGGGUCGCGGGGGGGCCGCCAUGAAGCUGGAGGUGUUCUCGCAGCACUAUGAGGACAAGCUGAGCGCCGGCAGCGACCAGGAAGGCAGCGGCUCGCUGUCCCCGGCUCCGGCGGAGAGCGAGCUGGGCUCGGACGGUGACUGCGCGGCCAACAGCCCGGGCGGCGGGGCCGGCCGGCCGGGGCAUCCCCCGCCGCCGCCCCCCACGCCGCAGCCCCCGCCGCCGCCGCCGGCCGAGAGCGCCAAGGGGAAGCCCUACACGCGGCGGCCGAAGCCGCCCUACUCCUACAUCGCGCUGAUCGCUAUGGCCAUCCGCGACUCGGCCGGCGGCCGCCUGACCCUGGCCGAGAUCAACGACUACCUGAUGAGCCGCUUCCCCUUCUUCCGCGGCGCCUACACCGGCUGGCGCAACUCGGUGCGCCACAACCUCUCCCUCAACGACUGCUUCGUCAAGGUGCUGCGCGACCCGGCGCGGCCCUGGGGCAAGGACAACUACUGGAUGCUGAACCCCAGCAGCGAGUACACCUUCGCCGACGGCGUCUUCCGCCGCCGCCGCAAGCGCCUGAGCCGCGCCGCCCCGCCGCCGCAGCCCGCCCGCCCCGCCGCCGGCGCCCCGCCGCAAGUGCCGCAGGAGGCGGCGGGAGCGGGCGCCGCGUCCCCCGGCGCUUCCCCGCGCUGCUGCUGCGCCUCCUCGCCCUGCCGCUGCGCGCCGGGCGCCAAGGAGCCAGCGCCGGGGGGCGCCGGGCCCAGGCCGGCGGGCGGCGGCGGCAGCGCCAAGUUCUCCAGCUCCUUCGCCAUCGAGAGCCUCCUGCAGCGGCCGGCGGGACCCCGCGCCGCCCCGCAGCCGCCGCCGGCGCCGCACGCCCGCCUGGUGUGGCCGGCGCCGCCCGCGCCCCCGCCCCUGCUGCCCGGCCCCUACCCGCUGCUGCCGUACCCACCUGCCGCGCAGCCCCCGCUCUACGGCGGGGGCCUCCUGCAGCUCUGCGCCUACGGGCUGGGAGAGCCCUCGCCGCCGCCGCUGCUGCUGGGGGGCGGGCGGCCCGCGCUGGCCCCGGGGGAGCCGGCGCCGCUGGCGGAGCGGCCGCGGGCGCCGCUGUUCCACGCCGGGCUGCCCAAGGGCGGGCGGGGGCCGCCGCACGGCUCCCCGCUCUACGGGCCGCUCCGGCUGGCCGGGCCGCUGCCGCCGGCGGCGGGGGGCUCGGCCUCCUUCCAGCCUUACGCCGUGGAGACCCCCCUGGCUUGAUGGAGCCCCCCUCCUUCCCCUGCGAGGGACCUGCCCGGGGAGGCGUGGAGGGGGAAAGGAGGAGGCUCUGGAUCCCGCACUUUAACUCCAGAGGCGACCGCAGCCUCCAAGCAAAAGCCUCGGUGACUGUGCCUUAGUGAAAUGACAGUGGGUUUAACUUAAGCGAAAAAAAAAAAAAAAAAAAAAAAAAAAAAAGGAGAAAAAAAGAAAAAAAAUCAAACAACUGUCAGUUUGGACAUAGCCAUGAACCUCAAGUGCUUCUUACUGUUCGUUGAGACUACUUGACUUAAGCCAGUCCCUCGCCACGUCUUUGCUAUGCCCCUCUCUUGUCCCCA